AUGGAUGAAAGGGGAGAAGCGUCUGAAAACCUUGGCUUGUUGGAAUGUCAUUCCAAUGAAGACGAGGAUGGUACAAAUAAAAAUGAUACAAAUGAAGGGCUAGAAAGUACGACCAAUUUAAAUGCAACAGGUGAAACACCGAAGAAUGAUAUAAAAGAUAUAGAAAGUGAAUUAAAAAGUGUAAGUGAAAUAGAACAUACAAGUGAACUUCAAAAUCAUGUGGAUUGCAACUCUAGUGAAGUCCCAGAUAAUAGUGCUGUGGUGCAAGAAAGUGAAUCUGGAGUUAACGGAGACAAUAUAGUGUCUUUGGGUCUUGAUGACCAAAGCAGUUUUUCUCUGAAAGUUGAUAAAGAAGAUUCUGAUGACAUAGAUGAGAGAUUGAAAGAUGUAAAUACUCCUGAAGACUCUAUAAGCAGAGACAGAGAUGACUGUACGCAAGAAUCCACAUCAGAAAAUAUAAUUCAAGAAGAGAAAAUUGAUAAUGAAGAGGUGGAUGAAAAAAAAGACGAAGUAGGGAAACCAGAAUUUGAAACUGCACCCAAUGUUUCUAUAGAUGAGCCUCAGGAAGACCAUACACAGGCCCUAGACCCAUUUGAUGCUCUUUUGAGAGAUAUUAACGAUUCUACGUCAGAGACCAAGGAAACGGCGACUCAAGCCACCGUAAACCUGGUGGAUGAGGAAGAUGACAACGACAAUGCAGACCACGCUGACGACUUGCCACGAGAUGACGAGGAAGAACAUCAUACAGAAACAUCUUUAGAUGAUAGUGUAGUCACCGAAUUGAAUGAAGAGCCGGGCGCGGAUGAAGAGGUGUGCUUACUACCUGACACCGAACGCGAGAUUUCCGAUGCUGACAAGGCCGAAGCCGAGAAAGUUCUCGCUGAGAAGCGGAAGCAGGCUGAGGCGAAGGCAGCUGCAACAGAAGCACAGACGGAGCCUAAAAAGGAGAAUGAAGUACCAGUGGCAGACGAGACGAGGUAUAGUACUGAAGAGCCUUCACGAAAUGAGGAAGGUGAGGCAGGUGAAAAUGCGAAAGGGGAAAGUGUUCAAGACAAUGUUUCACAGGAAAAUGGAGAAAAAGAAAAUGAAGAAUCAUCAGAAGCCGAAGUAAGUUUUAUAUCUAAUACCAUACAAGAAAUCAGUCCCUGCACUAGAACAUGUGUUCAGUGUAAAAAAGAAACAGCUUGUAGUUACCGAUUCACUACCAAAGAAGUGAAGGAAAACUACAUUUGCGGCGAAAAUUGUCUUAAAUUAUUUCUAGCUGAUCAUCCAGCUCAAUACACAGUAGCUUGCAAGAAAUAUCUAAUAGAAGAAAUAUUACCGAAGUCGCUUACAUGUUCAGAAUGUGAGGAGAAAAAGGUCUGCUACUUUUAUUAUAAUUAUGAUGGAGAAGACACAAACUAUUGCUCCGAAGAAUGUUUACACAGUAUGAUGGCGGAUGAAAAGGAAAAAUAUAUUUUUAAAAGAUUGCGGAUAAUAAUGGAAGAGAAAGUACGAAAAGACGCCGAGUGUCUCGUAUGUAAAGAAACGAAAAAAUGUCAUUACACUAUGGUGCGGUAUGGAAAAUCACAUACAAUAUGCGACCUUAACUGUGUGAAAACAUUAAACGAUGCAGAGGACGGAAGGUACACAAUAAGAAAUAGGCGGACGCCUCGAAAGCAGGCGCAAACUAACACAACGCAGGUUAACACAGCUCCAAGUAACCCUCCUUUGUUAAAACUAAAAGUAAUAAGUAAUGCUACAGAUAAAUAUUUAGACGAAGCAUAUAAAAUUCAAGCAAAAACUCCAGCAAUGAUUAAAGCAGCAAGAGAGGAAAGGGAACGCACAUUUGUUCGUACAUGCUCACAAUGUAAUUUGGUAUUAACCUCUGAAGAAAAGAUUUUAACAUGGGAGACAAUGGAUUUCUGUAAAGAAACCUGUUUAGGCAGAUAUCAGAAUAACAUCGGGUCGCAGUGCGCUAAUUGUUCAAACCCUGUACAACACACUAGUUUAGGAAAAUAUUGUGUGAGGUUUGGUUAUGAUAUUCGGCAGUUUUGUAACUCGGGUUGCUUGGAAGAAUUUAAAAAAGGCUUGAAGAUAUGUUGUUAUUGUCAAAGAGAUAUAUCAGUAGGCCAUGAAGGUUUCUUGGCACCUGUGGGUGAUAAAGGCCAGUUUAAGGAUUUCUGUUCUCAAAUAUGUGUGGAAAAAUUUGACCAAAUGAGUAAAAGCCCAGUCCCUCAACCUGUUUGGGCUAAGUGCGCAGUUUGCUCAUUACAGAAAGCCACAACUAUAGAAGUGGAAGUCAGUGAAGAUGUUUCACAGAGGCUAUGUUCAGAUCCUUGUUUUGCUGCUUUUAAAUUUGUAAAUAAUAUAUUUCCAGAUCAAUGUCGUUGGUGUAAAAAAUACUUUGAAAGAAAAUUGAACAAAUGCUUCACAAUUUACGAAAAUUCCAGUCCAUAUUGUUUCUGCUCAAAGUCCUGUAUGAAUGUAUACAUUAGUAAUUCACGACAUAUUGUGCCUUGCAACUGGUGCAAGGUGAAGAAAUAUAACUUUGACAUGAUCAGACGUGAUCAGCCAAAUGGACAGAUGGUUUUGAUGUGCUCAUUGAAUUGUUUGAAUUUGUAUCAAGUGUCUGUGAAUGCUGUUUCAUCAAAAAGGACAAAAUGCGACAUGUGCAAGCGUACAUCACUGGCUCAAUACCACUUGACUAUGUCAGAUGCGACAGUAAGAAACUUCUGCACGUAUCAAUGUGUCAUGUCAUUUCAGGGCCAAUACUCGAAACACGCUGCUCCACUGGUGUCGGGCGACUCGGUGGAACAAACAAAAGCAGUGCCCACUGGUGCGCCCAGGCGUACUUACUCAAAUAAGAAUAAUGCUGCAGCCAAAAAUCAGCAACGUUCGUCGGGUCUACCGGUGAUAUCUAACGUGAAGUCGCUAGCACCGCCGCCGGCACUGGCAGCGUCAGUAACUCGCGGCAAGUCGAAGCGGCUGGCCGCGGCGCAGGCGGCCCCCGCGGAGCCGGAGCCCCCGCAGGCGCCCGCUACCCCGCCCCCUCCCCCAAAACCACCCACCCCUCCGCCGCCACCGCCUCCAAAAAUUUACAAUCACGUUAUUGUGAAAACGCUACCCCCACAUGAAGUCGCGAACAAAGCGACUAUGUCUAAACCUAUGAUGGUCUCAAAAGGCGUCUCGUGCCGUCCCCAUCCUUGCACGAAGGAAUGUCAAACGGACUCCAGCCUAGAGAAGAGAGUGUUAAUACCGGUCCCGGUGCCGAUUUAUGUUCCUGUGCCGUGUGCGAUGUGGUCCUUACCCUUUCCUAUACCUGUACCCAUUCCACUCCCAAUUCCUACUCCUGUCUUUAUUCCUACUACAAGAAAUUCGGCUAAGGGUAUAUUGAAGGAGAUCAACAAAAUUCAUGAUAAAAUGCCAACGGAUCCAUUCGAAGCCGAAUUGCUGAUGAUGGCAGAAAUGGUAGCUGGUGAUAAGAAGAAAGAUCAGAGUGAUUCUGAUACAGAAGACGAGAAUGAAGAAAGCUUUAGUCCAGUUGGCGGAAUGGAUGGAAACAACGCGUUUGGUGAGGACAUGCUUCAAAUGGCGCUUAAAAUGGCUACGGAGUAUGAAGACCAGCCUGUUGAUCUUGAGUCGGCUAUGACGGCCAACACUAUCACGCCGAGUUCGCAUCCCGGUAUGCCAGGGCUGGAGGGCGAAGGCUUGCACGCGCAGCAGCUGAUGGCGUUGGAGCAACAGCGUGCGGUGGCGGCGCUGCGCGCGGCGGCGCCCCGCAAGCGCGCGGCGGCGGUGGGCGCGGGGGGCGCGGCGGGUGCGGGGGAGGCGGGGGCAGCGCCAGGCGCGCGCUCCACGCGCUCCAAGCGGCGCCGCGCCGAGCCCGCGCCGCCGCCGCCCGAGCCGCCGCGCGAGCCGCAGGAGAAGCCCGACGCCAACAUGUGCCUCAAGUACACUUUCGGCGUAAACGCGUGGAAGCAGUGGGUGAUGACGAAGAACGCGGAGAUCGAAAAAAGCUCAGUGCGACGCAAGCCCUUCAAGUCAGAGAUUCUUCAGUUGACGGCCGACGAACUUAAUUAUUCACUUUGUCUCUUUGUGAAGGAAGUGCGCAAGCCCAACGGAAGCGAAUACGCACCAGACACCAUUUAUUAUUUGGUUUUAGGAAUUCAACAGUAUCUAUUUGAAAAUGGAAGGAUAGACAACAUAUUCACAGAUCCUUACUACGAGAAAUUCACAGAUUGCUUAGACGAAGUUGCGAGGAAAUUUUCAGUUUUAUACAAUGAUUCUCAGUACAUAGUGACGAGGGUCGAAGAGGAACAUUUAUGGGAGAGUAAGCAGUUAGGCGCACAUUCUCCACACGUUCUUUUAUCUACGCUUAUGUUUUUCAAUACAAAGCACUUUAAUUUAGUGACCGUUGAUGAACACAUGCAGUUGUCUUUCUCACACAUAAUGAAGCAUUGGAAACGAAAUCCAAAUCAGCCGGGACAAGCUAAGAUACCUGGCUCGAGAAAUGUGCUAUUGCGCUUCUAUCCGCCACAGUCUGCGCUCGAAGCGAAUUCACGAAAGAAAAAGGUAUAUGAACAGCAGGAAAAUGAAGAGAAUCCUCUAAGGUGCCCAGUGAAAUUAUACGAAUUUUAUAUUUCUAAGUGCCCUGAGUCCGUGCGUACCCGCAACGACGUAUUCUACCUGCAACCAGAGAGAUCUUGUGUUCCCGACUCACCCGUAUGGUACUCAACGCAACCGCUCAGCCGCGCAGCACUGGCAAAAAUGUUGCACCGCGUCAAGAUGGUGAAAGAGAUAAACAUCGCACUGUUAACGAGCUAA